CCAAAAUUCAAAACAUCAACAAAAACAUAUGAACAUCAACAUGUCAGUGCAAUAGUUUUGGCAGAAAUCCUUGCGAUAUUAUUUUUAAUAAUACUUUAAUUCCAUUACAAAUCCAAAAUCCUAUAAUGUUGCAUAAUGAUCAUAACAUUGCAGAUGCUGAUAGUUGUCCGUGAAUCCAUUUUGGCCCUUUUGAAUGGAUGGCUGCCUCCGUUUUUCACUCAACUGCUUAGGCAGUUGAGUGAUAACAGGCUGAUCCGUGUGAAAGAAGAAAUCGAAGACCAGGUUUAUGCAGACUACGAUGACGAAUGUGGAGUGGAAUUCUUCCCGCCGGUGUACGCUCAACGGUAUGCAGCAGUCUGCGAUUGCCUUAUGGACGAGCAGUGGUUUGGCAGGGUAGAAAAGGUCUUAAAUAUAGGGAAGCACUAUGACAUCCAUUUCUUGAGAUACCUAACUGAAGUGGCGGGAGUAACACAAAUACUUGGUUUAGAUAUUGCACACUCUCUGAACUGUACCUGUGAUAUACGUGAUUUAUCAUUAAAUUAUUUAGGCAGAUGGGAAACCCCAUUGCAAAUUACUCUACUUCAAGGAAAUGCGGCCGACCCAGACUACCGGCUUAUUGGCUGUGAUGCAGUCAUUGCUAUUGAGAUGAUACAAAAACUGUUGCCCCAUGAUCUAGACAGGCUCAUUCAUAAUGUGUUUGGUUUUGUCAAGCCUUGGGUUGUCCUGUUUACUACGCCUAAUGCGGAUUUUAAUUGUCUUAUGAAGAAUUUGAACAAGAAUGGACUCAGGCAGUCAGAUCAUUACUUUGAAUGGACCAGAGAACAAUUGCAUGAUUGGUGCAGCAACAUUGUAAUGAGAUACCCAGAAUACAUGGUCAUGUCAAGAGGCAUUGGCCCUGGACCUCCUGGCACCUCUCACUAUGGCUGCUUUAGUCAGCUUGUGCUCUUCAUAUCAAAACAUUACUAUAAGAAGAUGGAACUCGAUGUUAACAGCUUGGUGAUGGUUUCAAAUCUCCCAGAGCCUGAAGAAGUAACCGAGAUUGACUGGAUAUCACCCAAGAAUGCGAAUAUUUCGCGUAGCACGUUCCAAAGACUAUUCGAAGCUGAAUGUUCAGAGUUUAGCUGCAGCCAAUACCAAGAGGAUAUUCAGUCUUCAAGUUUCACAUCUUUGAAGAUUCACGCUAUAGACAGCAGUGUUCAAUGCAACCUUGAAGUAGAAUUUGGCAAGAAAUUUGUUAUGUUCGACUACGACCAAAUGUAUAAAAUUAAGACGGCUCGUAAGAUAUUCGAGGGAGAUGUUUAUGAAAUUGGAGAUGUUGCGAGCAGGUUAAAUAACACCAUUCUUUACGUAAGGCACUUCUCGAAAAUAACACAGUAUUUAAUGGAAAAAAUCGAAUUUAACAAAAUGGAUUGGAUGGACGAAAUCCUACAGCUGAUGGAUCAAUUGUCAUGCAAAAUAAACCAUCGUUCUGGGGAUGAAUGUCAUGUGUGGAACAACGUAAAUUGGGGCGAAAAUGUUCCAUAUUGGAACCAGUAUUAUAAGGUUGUGGGAGUGUAUAAAUUUCCGUAUGAGGGGAGAUCCGAGGAAGAUGUGAUCCUCGAGGUGUUAUCAGAGGAGAUCAACAAAUUUUUUGAUAUGCACGGAGGCGGCAAACUAGAGAUACCUGUGGAGGCGUUGAUGGACGCAGUCAAACAUAUCACGGAUGACGUUGAAAAAAUUAUUAUGCUCAUGGAGGACAGCGGAUACGAGUUGCAAGGUAAAUCCGUGGUGUACACUGGCGACGAUGUCUCGAAGGCCAACCGUGACGAGGAGUGCGACUCCAGCUUUGAUUCGGAAUCCGUAUCCUAUGGGAGCUCUAUCGAUCUCGAUUUUAAUGGCCGCUUGCUCAAUCGGACCCUGGGUCACAAAAUCAAGAAGCUCCGUCUAAUGUUACCCCAAGAAGAGGACAUUAAACAGGCUAUAUGUCAAGUCGUAUGUAGGCUGAAGAAGAUCGCGAUGAGCUCGGGGCUAUGCAUGCAGGGCCCGGCUCGAUCCAAAUGGCUUCAAUCGAAACUUCUUGAACUAUUGACGAUGACGGAGAAAUCGAUUUUGAGAAAGAAUCUGUGCAAAAACGAGAUCGUUUGCUUCAAAAGUUUGGGCUAUGACAUGGGGGAUAAUAUAAACAGACAAUUGUCUAGAAUUAAAGCAGAGGAUGAUGCAGUGAUAAGAUUGCUUGAAAAGUAUGAGACUAUAUUGCGAAUGUCAGCAGAUAACACUGAUGAAGUGAAUUCCGAACACGGCAGUAACAAGUCUUUUCCUUCCAAGGUUACCAGCGCAUCGAGAAAUAGUUGUGUAGACUUAUCAAAGUUACAUGAUGAUAAAGAAUUUUGCAAAUUUCCUGCGUCCGAGACUACUGACUUAAGUUUGUCACCUAAUAACGACGAAUUGCGACGUUACACGUUAGAGGAGCAACACACUGACAGUCUACAAGACUGGGGAGAAAAAGAUAUGAGUCUGUAUCAGGAAGAAACAAACGAAAUAAAAAUCAGAAAACACGGUGAUAAAAGUUCGCCAAAACAAUCUAAGCUUAUGAAAUCACGCAAAGAUAAUAAAGGAAAAACCAAAACCAAAACUAAGAAAAGGAAAAUAACCGAUAGUCCAAACAGCAGUUUUUGUAAAAAAAAAUCGAAACACAGUGCGACUCUAAUAGCAGCGAAACGAAGUCUGGUACAGACAUCUAGUAAAGUUCUGGACAGGAAAAAUGAUGGUGCCAGACAUAAAACAGGAAGAGUUAUGAACAAAUUGACAUACAAUCAUACAUUAGUUUGUAUUGAUACGAUGAGGAGGAAAAUGGGGCCUACAUUGGUUCUCUCGGUUCCGCCCAAACCUAUUCCAGGCAGCAUACUUGAUUUAUGUCACCCUCAUUUGCAUCACAAAACAGCUGAGCCCUUGCAAAAAAUCAUUAACUCCUGGGAUGACGAAGUCGAUUCACCUGUGGCCCCUGUGGCGGCCACUGAGCAUAGUCAGAGGGUAGAAAUUUUGAGCCAAAGCGAAACGGUAAUGGUGGCUUUGCAAAGAAUGAUUGGUACUGACCCAGAUGUGGAUGUAAUAUACGAGCAUGAACUAGAGCUGUCAGAUUUGAACAGUUUGUUGAAUAAUACCUCAUACUUUGCUCAUACCGAGAAGAAUCCGUCUGAAGCUGCGGUGCAUGAUCCACCUGGAAUAGGCGCAUUCACUCAAGAAUCUACCAGCGCACCGCAAGAAAUGAACCCUUUUUCUUGCAUAUUGAAGACUCGGGUUGUAGAAAUUGUAACGCAAGACGGCCAGGAAUUGAUCGCUUUACAACGUACCAUUGGUACCGACCCAGAACUUUAUACCGAUGAGUACGAGCAAGAAUUAGAAAAUUCCAAAUUAACAACUUCUCUUAAUAAUAUGGCAUCGUUCGAGAACCUUCCCGUCGGGGUAGGGAACGCAACAUCAAAGGAAUUCUUUUUAUAUGAUUUAAACGAAGCUACGACAUCGAAAGGGAUUCGUCAUGUAAGCAUGGACGUGCAAUGCGGCACAGAGCGUCAGAUAUCUGCGACGACUUCAUUCACGUGUCCCUUAAACAUGUUUGGGCCUGCAUUAGAAAUUGAAGGUUCAAAUCAUGACUUUCGAGCAGUCCUUAAAAAUGACUGUGUAACCUCGACGCACGACAUUUUAAAACCAUGUGAACCAAAGGCUUCUCCUUGGAUGAAAUCUGUUGGUAUCAAAAUAAAAGACUCAAAUCAUGAAAUUAAUGAUACAUCCAAAGAAACAGAAACUCUUUCUGGAUCUUUCACAAUAGUUGGUGACGAGUUCAUAAAUAUACCCAAAAACUGUGCGCUUAUUGAAACUCUGCACCCUAACCUACUAGUGGAACAUACUCUUGACUAUACCAAGAAAAAUAAUAUGCGAACUAGAAACAUCCAGAGCCCUAACCCAGAUGGCAGGCCGAAAUGGAAUGAAAUUAAAAAGCAAGAUUCUAAUCACGUAGUGUCUCGGAUUUGGUAUGUGCCAAAGAGAGUACGGUCCAAACUGAGCUGUGGGAGUGUCCACGUCCAUAGUUACAAAGAUUUGCAGGAAUCUGAAGACGUAGUUUACCAAGGCAAGUGGCAACGACCCAGGCCAUAUCGCAAACCUAAAAAACCUAACCAACCGUCUACGGAUAAACUAAAGUUUACCCGUAAAACGAGUGUUUCGCCAAUAGUUGAAAAGCCGAUAGUUCAAAAAACCGUCGUUACGCCUAUAAUAAUCCGAAAUACUAAAGCGAACAAGAUGAAGGAAGCUGUGACAAAGAUGCACAUUCAAGCUAAAUUAGCUCCCACAAAGCAGCAAUUACCUAAAAACAGGACCGUAAUUUGGCAGGUGCCAAAGGCUACAUCCAAAUCGAAUGUAAGUUAUUCAAAACCAAUAAAGGCAAAAUCAAAUAAGAUAAUUCAGCCUCCGCGGAAUACUAUAUUUGCAUCACAGCCUACUAUAAUAAAAGAAAAUACCAUUCCGAUCACACAGAAGAGAAAAGUGUAUAUUCCACCCUAUUUGGAGAAAAUUAAAAAAAAGCACCAGGUACCAAAAAAAUCCAGCAAGAUAGAGGCUAAAUCAGAUAGUCAGUCAAAUCUGUUAAAUGUAAAUAACGAACAGCUAACGUCCGAAAAGAUAACGUCCGAACAGAUAACGUCCGAACAGAUAACGUCGAUACCAUCGGAAUCGAAAGUUGAAAAUCUGUUAUCGGCGUUCUUAAAAGUCUCAAUUAAACCUCCAAAGGAUGUAAAUUACGUUGUAUAUCGGAAUGAAAUGGAGAACUCUGAUGGCAGAACUGCAAUAGAAAAUAUGCCCGUUACGGCCAGACCUCAAACGAACGUACAAACGUACGAAUGUACGGAAGAUAUUUUAAGGCGCAAACUCAGUAAUCUCAGCAACAACGACUCUGCCUACUCAUCUACCAACAGCGCCCCCAUCGCGUUAAACCCAGUAAUUACUAAUAUCCAUCCUUUUCAAUCAAGUAGGAAAACUACGGCGAUAAAAUCAACAAAAUCUAGCAUAAAUCGCGAAGGGACAGAUAGCAAAAUGGUUUCCAGAAUUAAGAAACUAACCAAUUUAAUGUUUUCGAAAAAAUCGCACACGAAUGUUGCAGAGCGCUUGCCGAAAAUCUCUAUCAUAUCAAAAAACUGUUCAAAAAUGUCUCUAAAUGUUGAUUUAUUGUUAGACGAGGCAGGUAAUAAUGAUGCACCUAGUGAAGAGUCAAAGUGCAGUGUCACAAAAACAUUUUUUGAAAGUUCUGAUAGCAAAAUUAGGUCAUGUCGGAAUGACAAACAAGUUUCGAAAACUACUUUAGUACUUGAUUAUAGUGAAUCAAAUACACGAGACUUGAAAACUGGAUCCGGGUUGGACUGUAGUGAAGCAAAAAGUGACACUCAAGAAUCUUCCAAUGAAAGCUCUCUCGGAAUUUUAGACAUUGAUGUGGUGGCGAAAGCGAUGGACAAUUCUAGUGAAACCAUAACCGAUAGGUCUAAUGAUAUUUUAGAUGAUAUGAGGAAAAUGUUAGAAGAAUGUUUGAACUUUAAAGAUAAAUCGGAAGUGACAUCGGUAGCUUCUGAGGAUGUAGAUCUAAAAUCUUCUGAUUUUGACAAUGUUACUCCUGUUGGGUCUGAGACGUAUGAGACUAGCAGUAGUUUUCACCGAACUUGUGGCGUUGAGUCGUUAUUAAGCCUAACACAGAGUUUUACAAAUUUCUCGUAUAAGUCGCAGCCGUCAGCUUCCAGAAUUUCUGAGAGCAUUCCUGACGCAAGUUGGUACAAUGUCGCUCAUACCAGGCCAGGAAGCCAAGUUCAAUCUGAAAACAAGGAUACUAUUAGAAUAACUCAGAAACCAAAGGCUGGUCUCGCGUUCAGCUCUUUCUCCGUGAACGCUCCACCGAGUCCUUUAGCGUUCAGGCAACAGCCAGACUACGUUAACCUCGUCGAUUCCGAGACUGGGAGUUGUGCGCAGGCGGCUAGAAGAGCUACCUCGGAAGAAGUGUUAGUGUCCGGCCGUUCGUCCGAGAGUUUCGUAUCUUGCGCGGUGGAGGAAGAGCCUACAAUUCCGAGCUGGUUGUAUAACAUCAGUCAGCAGGCGUCGGGUAGCUUCUCGUCGAGCCGGCACGCCGUCCUACCCGAAGUCGUCCCCGAACUAGUCUUUGACCUGAACGGCAACGAGCUGACGGUUCACGGCGCGGGCGCGGGUGACGGCUGCGGGAUCCACAGCGACCAAUCGCAGGACAGUUCGGGUCAGGGGACUUCGUUCAGCUCUACUGCAAGCUCGACAGUUCAUAGCGAUUCCAUCGUGGUAGACCCGGCAUCGUUCCUGGCAGACUAUUCACCACCGGGUGAACGAUCACAUUCCCCAGCAGUAGCCCCACUAGAGGAAUCGAUUGAAACUUUAGAUAUUGCAGCGCUCGAAAACCAAAACCGGCCUCUAAACAGAAAUCGUAUCCCGCGGAGCAUUCAGAGGGUGAGCUUGCCGGCCAGCGACGCCGACAUCAGCUCGAUUGACACGGACGUCGCCUCCGAUUAGACAUUAACGUUUAUUUUUCAAGCAUCGGUUUAUUCGAACUUUGUACCUAACUCUGCAACACGUAUUUAAUCUUAGAAAUACAGCGAUUCACCAAAGUGGACGAAUGAAAUGAGAGAUAAGAUAACAACCAAUAUUUUCAUGCCCUUCCGCCAUGUUAACUUGAAAGUACAUUUAAGUAUAUUAAUGUAUCACUGCAAAAUUGGCGGGGGACAUCGUUCAUUUGGCUAAUUUAUUGUUUCUUGUUUAUUAAUAUACUUAUACAUGUACAUGUACAGUCGACGUCAAAGAUAUGUUUACACUUUUCGCCUUAUUACAAAUGAGUAAGGUGCAAAAGUGUAAACAUAUCUUUGACGUCGACUGUACACAGUUAACACACAAAUACUUCUGGUAUUUAUUCUAUUAAUUUACGCCCAUUUGGUAAAUCGACAUGUAUUUUUGUAUUUUAAUUCGAACUUGUCUGUCCGACAACUAUACUAUACAUGUAUUGUGGCAUAAUUUCUAAGCGUGUAAUUUUUAUCAUAGACCCGUUUUAAAUUUAAACCGUAGCUUAUUGCAACCAAAUUACAGCAUGUUUGAAGUUUCAAAUAAAUGUAGGUACUUAUUAA